GCUUCGUGCAUUUGGAUGAUUGCAGUACUACGAGACGAGUUUCGGACAGAACCGCAGAACACGAGGGUGGCUGCUGGAGAAACCGCCAUGCUAGAAUGCGGACCACCCAGAGGUCAUCCGGAACCAACCCUCCAUUGGAAGCGGAACGGUCACGUUAUAGACUUGGAAAACAACAAACGAAUUACUCUCGUCGACGGUGGAAACUUGUUGAUCUCCGACGUAAGACAAGCGGAUCACGGGAAGUAUCAGUGCGUUGCCGAAAACAUGGUCGGACUUAAGGAAUCUAACGUUGCUUUACUCACUGUACACGUGAAACCAUAUUUCACUGCCAUGCCAAGUAACCAAACUAUUCUGACGGAUCAAACCGCGGAAUUUGCUUGUCGGGUUGGUGGGGACCCACCACCUGAAAUCUUAUGGCGUAGAAACGAUGGAAAAAUGCCGAUUGGCCGGGGCCACAUAUUGGAUGACAAAAGUUUGCGCAUCGAGAGGGUAACACCCGAGGAUCAGGGAACGUAUAUUUGCGACGCUGAGAACGACGUCGGGGCUAUUUCGGCGAGUGCAGUUCUUACAAUUCAUUCGAGACCAGUAUUCAUCAAUUUUCCAAAAGACGAAACUGUUAGUACUGGAUCGGAUGUGUCCUUUUCGUGUUCCGCUCGUGGUUCUCCAAAGCCCUCGAUAUUUUGGACCCGCGAGGGCUCUCAGGAGCUGAUGUUUCCGGGAAACACUUAUCAGGAACGAUAUACGGUCACUCAGGACGGAAGUUUGCGCAUAAAAGGUGUGAUAAGGAAGGAUGAGGGCCAUUAUGUGUGCAGCGUCAUCAGCCAAGCUGGUGCAAGUACGGCGACUGUAUUCCUUCAGGUGAUGUCUGCUGAAGAUAUACCACCUCCGAUAAUCGAGUUGGGUCCUGCAAAUCAGACGCUUCCUGUUAAAAGCGUUGCUACGUUACCCUGCCGUGCAGUUGGUACUCCAACCCCAAAGGUACACUGGCACAAGGACGGUGUUCUCAUCCAAUUAGGAAAUCGUAUCACGAUGGCCAACAAUGGAACGUUGUUUAUCGACGAUCUUCAAAUGAGCGACUCUGGUUUAUAUACUUGUAUAGCAAGCUCAGAAUCUGGAAAUACAUCUUGGUCUGCCACAUUGACGGUUAGCACGACGACGACCUUUCACAGAACUCCGGAAAUAUCAGCAUUGCCGCAGAGCCCGAGUAAACCUAGAAUCAUAAACGCUACAAGCAACUCGGUUACUUUGACUUGGAGCCCUGGCAACGAGGGCCAAAGCAAAAUCAUUGGUUAUAACAUCGAGUACUUCAGUAGCAAUCUGAAUACUGGUUGGGUUGUUGCAGCUACCAGUGUAACCGACGAUACAUACACCGUAAUGGAUUUAAAGCCUGACACCAACUACGUGUUCCUAGUGCGUGCCGAAAAUAGUCAGGGCUUGUCGCUUCCUGGACCGUUGUCCGAUGUCGCUCACACGAGCAGCCUUGAUCAACGGACGGUACCGCAGAUAGAAUUGAUUCGCGCGAGGGAUCGGCUUAACAGCGAGAUACUGCACUUGAAGGAAGUCCAACCGUUGAGCAGUACCAGCGUUAAAAUUAUGUGGGACAUACUUGGCGCAGCUGAUUUAGUUGAGGGUCUUUAUAUACGGUAUCGUGAACUCACCGAGAAACCAGAAUAUCGUAUGGUGACUGUAUUAAACGCUGGUGCAACUAGUUACGUUCUAACCAAUUUAGAGAAGUACACGCGUUACGAGUUCUUCCUUGUGCCAUUCUACAAAACUAUAGAAGGGAGACCUAGCAAUGUGAAAUUGGCUACAACUUUGGAGGAUGUACCGUCUAGUGCACCGGAAAACGUCCACGUUGGUAUGAUCAAUAUAACUUCGGCGUUCGUACGAUGGUCACCUCCCCCGAAGAAUGCACAGAAUGGACAAUUGAUAGGAUACAAAAUUCAAAUAAAGAGCAACAGCAGUAAUAAAGUUUUAGGUCAAAUGUCAUUAAAUGCUUCUACGACAUCAGUCGUGAUCAAUAGUCUCUCAUCGGGUGGACUUUACACGGCACGCGUAGCUGGUUUGACCCGCGUUGGAUUAGGACCUUUCUCAAAUCCGACUCUACUAAAUAUGGAUCCAGGUCAAUUAACGCAAUUUCCACCUCGGACAGAUCCGAGUCACGGAAGCGUCUCCAUCGUUAGAGAAACUUGGUUCCUAAUACUGGUAAUUACGAUGGUCUUCGCUGUCGUCGCUUUUCUCUUGGGUGCUCUUUACGUGAAACGCAGACAGGCGAUGAGCAAACAAUUAGGUCAUUUAAAUGUUCCGGUGAGUACGGCAAACGACAUAUGUCAGCUGAAUAAGGACACUUUAUGGUUGGAACGUGGCUGGAGACCUUCGAACACUCUUCAGGGUCCCACCGAUAAGGAGUGCGAAACUAAGCUGUUAAAUAACCAGCAGAUGCUUGCUCCAGGGAUCGUCAGCAUGACUGGCUCGGAAUACGCCGAAGUCAACUUGACUACGUUUUACAAUUCCAGAAAACAAUUGCAAGCACCACCCGAACCAUACGCUACUACCACGUUAUGCGUUGGCAAUCGAAGCCCAGACUCGAUGGAAACCAGCGGACAGAAAUCAAAUUCCAGCGAUUCUUGCAUGAAACCUGAUUACUCCAGUUUGGAUUCGAAUCAGGAACACAACAAAUCAACUAUGUCACCCAGCAGCGAUAACACUAGCAGCGUGUACACCGAUGAGAACGCCGAUAUACAAAGAAGACCGCAAUACAGGAUACCGUUAUCAAACGAUCCCCAAAGUGCAGUAAGCACAAGCGGCACAGCAAUGCCCAAUUGGUGCGAUAUGCUACCGCCUCCCCCGGAACACCCACCUCCUUCGGGAACAUUGCUGUCUGGAAGAAUCCAACAACAACAACAACAACAGCAGCCGCCACAACAACAAUCGCAACAACAGCAGCAUCACCAACAAGUCUCGUUCAGUCCUCACUUAGGUAAGAGGAACAUUCAAAAUGAUUUAGAUGGUUCUGGAUCGUGCAAUUCGCAAAGCCCACCGACACCACCUAUCAGAGCAGGCAACAGUUUCAGUUCCUCACCAACACCCUGGACUGGGCAACCUCCGCACGACAUAGUAGCUCACGCGAACAUGCAACAAAGUGGAAGAUACACUACACUGCCACCGCAAACUAAUCCACCACCGGUACCCUGUUUCCCUCAAGGCUUCAAUCAUUACGAUUAUAAAACUCAAGAGAACGAAUACGAAAGUGGUUCCGUGAUUUACGGUCAUCACAAUGGCGUCCCGGACAAUUACAGAAAUCACGACAACGCUUUCAGCCGUAUCAAUCAUCCUAAUCCUCAUAUAGAACAUUCAGUCGCCAUGAGUGACGAUAUUUACAGACGCAACGAUGCGAUAUUCCGCGGCGAAGAUCUUUAUCAACAAGAAAACGACGAAUGGGAUAGAAAAUCCUGCGAUUCGAACACCCACUCGGACAUGUGUUACUCUUGCUCCGAAUCAAGCUGUCUUUACGCCGAUACGAUCGAAUAUAACAAUCAAUUCGCACAAUCCGGAUGUGCUCACAAUAGAAGCGAAUCGAGAAGUAGGGACAACAAGAGUCCACGUAGAAGAAACAACAGAGCAUCGUCUCCUGCUUAUAGCAGCGACAGCAACUACUCUUGUAUUCCACAAAGGCAAUGUGGAAGCAUCGGCUCGCAGGACAGAUCGAGGCAUAAUCGCUGCAAAGACAAAGUGCCUAGCUUCUCUAGAACAGGUAGUUAUCCCCAGCACAGUUCUUCAGCAUCCAAUACGAUGAGUAGCUCAGGAAGUCAAAGAUAUAACAAACUCAACAGCCUCCUCGCGAGUGCAAAUAAUCCAACAACGGGAGUUUCAGAACCUAAUCGCCCUAGCGAUCAUCGCGACAGCUAAGUAUGAACACGAGAAAAGAAGAAUCUAUCAAAACCUGCCUUGACCAACGAGGUCGUGGUCGAAGGAUCAUUUGUCUGGCACAUUAUUCUAAGUGUGAAGACUCACGAACGAACGAACGAAUAAAUAGAUACGACGAACACGUGUACACGAACGUGUUUCAUUUAACAAAAGAGAAAAGAAAGAAAGAAAGAAAGCAAGAAAAACAAAAGAAAAAUCAACUUGUGAUGUACAUUAUCGCGUUGGUUAUCAUCGGGAGAAGAAAAAAAAGAAAAAGAAGAAGAAGGGCUUUCAAAUCUAAAUUACUUGUACAAAGUCCAAGAAUUUAUGGCUUUUCUCUUCGAGGCGAGAAAUAGAAGAAGGGCCAACGACAAGACGGGGAUCGAUGACGAUAAUGCAUUUAUAUUUAAGUAUCCUAAUUCGUUUGUCGUGUAUUUUAAGGCAUUUCAUUAGAAACAUCUUCCUAUACCAAUUGAUGAAAGGAGAAAGAUAAGCGAGAAGACUCUGUGUAAAAGAAGAAAAAAAUAAGAAGAAGAAGAAGAAGAAGAAGAAGAUGAAGAGGAAGAAGAAGAAGUAGAAGAAAUGAAAGAAGAAAAAUAAAAGACAAUGGUGGAACAUGGCCAACUUUCCGAGCAAUAUAUAAAUAGUAAAAAGUUUUUCUCGAUACGGGCGCUAUUUGUGCAGAAAGAGAGAGAGAGCGAGAGAGCGAGAGAGAGAGAGAGAGAGAGAGAGAGACUGGGAACGUGAGAGUAAUCGACAAUCGGUCUGCUCGAGUUCGAAGAUAGUAUUAGUCGGUAAACGAAUGUUGAACGGCUCAUUUGAGUUUUCGGCAGAGUUCUCAGCCCUGUGGUAAACUCUCGAAAAUACCAAGAGAAACUUUCCGAAAGAGAGAGAGAGAGAGAGAGAGUUUGACGAUUCUUGGAUACACCAAUCUUUACCAGCUAAACCACGUUACACUCUUUAAAAGUGUUUUAAAAGUAACAUCGUUUCGAGUUUUAAGAAGUAUUCUAGAAAAUCUAAUGAACACCUCGGAUGUAUCUCUCCAUCGUGUAAUUUCAUUAAAGUUAUCCAAAAUGGCCGAACUCGAGCUGGCGCGAAAUUCAAAUACUUGAUAUUACGUUAUCCGGUCGAACGAAAGUUGUAGUAGGAUUAUUAUCAUUAAUAUUAUUAUUAUUAUUAUUAUUAUUA